AUGAGGCAUCCCGUCAAGCCACACAAACUCAGGCAUAAAUCACCAGUCUAUCACAUUGCUUCAGGAACAACGGUCGGGUGGAAAUUGGAAGUCUGUGAACCAGCAUAUACAGGAGGUAAAAAUUAUGGAAUAUCUUUCGAAGAAGUCAAAAGUUAUUCGUUCGGAGAAAUAAUUCCUAAUUGUCACUGUAGCGAAUUUUGGUGGUUGUAUUACGGGAACAAAUUGCAGGUUGAAUUACAGAUAAAACAGAUAAUGCAGCUGAUAAGAUUUGAAGAGAUUACCAUUCCACAACGAAAAACACAAAUGAAGAUUUCCGCAUUUACAGCUAUUCGAAAUUUUUUAUUUAUGAUCCGGAUAACCGAUUUUUGA